AUGUCUCUCCCCAGCUGUCUCUCCCGCCAGCCCGCCGCGUCCUCAACGUCCUACCCUUUUAACAGACUCGGCUCCCGGAGCAGCAGCGGCCGGCCGCGCAGACUCAAAGGCUCGGGGAUUGAGAAUCAGAUUUCAAGAUGGCGCCAGCGCCUCCACGUCUGCGGCUUCCACAAGGCUCCUCUGGGAGCUGUAGUCCGGUCAGCGGGCUCCCGGCUCUGCGCAUGCGGGGUGGCCAGCACGCCCCUCGCCCCAACUCCGGUUGCGCACCUGGCUCACUGGGAGUGCAGAGCAGAAAGCACUACUGGCGCCGACCACAGCCAGCCGCUUUUAUCUGCUAAGAGCUCACCUGAAAGGCGCACCAGUGCCCUCAAGGAUCCUCCCGCCUCUGCAGGAUGUCCCGAGGCUCCUCCUCGCGGGGAGGAGAAGGCCGAAUCCCCUCCCCCUGGAUCCUCGGACAGUGCCACGUCCUCCGGCUGCCAGCCGGGCAGCGCCGCUAGGUAUGUGAGCUUCAAAGUUGGAAGAAAUUAAGCAACGUGCUUUGGAAUCUAUGGUGAUCUAUAGAAAGGCAAAGAGUUUCUGGACUUACCCUGACUGAUGGAAAGACAGACUGCCUGCCAGGACACUACCUUGCCGUACCCAGUCUUAAGUGUAAUCAAGAUCUCAUUUUUUACUGUCAAUGCAAGCCACAUUUUCCUAUUAGGAAAAUGUGAAUGAAAGAAAGUGCUCUUCAAGAGCAAACUCUGAAUUAUACUUUGGGUUAUUCUCUGUUCCUCAAAAGGAUUUUGCAUCUAACUGAUAGUCUCCAAAUUUUAAUGACAGUAUAUAGAUAGCUUGGUGUAGUCAUACAGGUCAAUACAAAUGGUGAAAAGGCAAUUUGCCAUUGAAGAAUAUGUUUGCUAUAAGUAAAGAUCAAUAUACUGAGAAAACUAUACAUAUCUAGACUUCCAAAAACAGAUGGGAAUAAACCACUCAGCAAUCAGAAAAUGUGAAGAUGGCAGUCUGUUCACUUCCAGAGAAAAUAGUUCAAAACUGUAUCUCAAAGUCGAUAUAAGCUGUUGUACUAGAAUUAGUCCCUAUAUGAGCAUUUGGUAUUAUGAAAUAAGGUGUUCCCAAUGAAAAGAUCACUGGUAUAUAGAAAAUAAAAAUUAAAAAAUAAAACUUAGAAAAAUUAUGUGAUAAUAAAUUUUGCACUUCUUGGUCCUUAUCAUUUUUAUCUUGUGGUCAAGAGUUUGCAGUUGAACUGGUUACCUAUGGUGGGGCUAUGCAAGGACAUUUACUUUUUAUUCUAUAUACUGUGUAUCAUUUGAAUUUUGGACAAUGAAUGUUUAUUCAGGUAUUUUAGAUUUUAUUUAAUUUAGAAAAUAUUUUAUAGUUAAAAUAAGGGCUGCCAAUUUAACACACUAAUAUAGGGUCUAAGUGGUAAAACUUGAACCUAAAAUAAGAAUUUUUAUACUACAUAUGAUGAUAUAUAAUGUAAGAAGAUAACUUAUAUAAACAAAAGUUCAAAGGGGAUCCACAAGUUAUUAGUAAUGGUUAUCUCUAGAGAGUGGAAUUAUGGAUAUUUAUUUUCUUUUUUCCUUAUUUUCUAUAAUUUUUUACAUUAUGUAUUACAUAUUUUACAUAACUUAACAGUAAGUACUUAACUGCUUUUGUGAUAAGAAAAAAAUAUAAUUGUUACUAAGAAAAAAGGUAGAUGAAACACAUUUUAGUGUAUUCAUACAAUACAAUACGGUACUAGCCAGCAAUGAAAAAGAAUGAACUCACAUACAUGCACCAUGGAUACAUCUCAAAAACAUCUUAAGUGAAACAAGCCAUAUGCAAAUGAGUACAUCCUGUGUGAUUCCAUUUAUUUGAAGUCUGACAACAGGUCUACGGCCGUACUACCCUGAAUGUACCUGAUCUCAUCUGAAGUCUAAGAAACAGACUAUAGAAAAAACAGAUCUAUAGUGAUAUAAGUCAGGAAGUGGUUGAAUGGUGAAAGACAGGGUGAGAAGUGAUUGAAAAGGGGCACAAAGAAAUCUUCUGAGGUGAUGAAGCUGUUCUGUAUCUAGUUUUGGAUGAAGAUAACAUAGGUGUGUAGAGUUGUUGAAGCUCAUUGAAUGGGGCACUUAGAUCUGUAGAUCGUGUACAUAUUAGUAUAUUUCAAUCAAAAAGAUUAAAAGGAGUAAAUAAGUUAAAACUAUGUAUUGCCCCAAAAAUUUUAAUUUGAGGGAUUUCUUUGGUAGAAAGUCACCCCACUUUAAGAACAGUUUUGAAAAUUAGGAAAAUACUAUAAAAUAUAGCCCAGAAGAAAUUCUGUAAAAGACCCAAUUACAAAUUAAAAACUUAAGCCUAUCCAUAUGAGCUUUUUUUUUUUUUGAGACGGAGCCUCACUCUGUCAUCCAGGCUGGAGUGCAGUGGCGCAAUCUCGGCUUACUGCAACCUCUGCCUCCCGGGUUCCACUGCGCCCCACCCUAGUAUAAUAUUUUAUAUGCAUGUGUGCACCAAACACUUAUGAUUGAAGCAAGGCAUGUUGUUAAGGUGAGACUUAGGGCUUCUGUAAUGAUUUAGUAUAAAAUUAUUACUUCUAAAACUUAGUGAAGGCACAUAACAAAAAAUUUGAGAAUAAGCUUCAUAUUAUGAUUAAACAAAUUAUUAAUUUUAUAUAUCAACAGUUCACCCUGAACAUUGAUUGAUAAAUACAUUUAUAAGCACUUCUUUGCUUUAUGGCCUAGGUUAAGUCACUUAUAUCUGGCUUUUAAUUUCCUGAUCUACAAUGAAAUAUGUUGAAUUUAAAUGGCAGUUUUCAAACUUAAGCAUGCAUCAGAAUCACCUGGAGGGCUUGUUAACAUAAAUUAUUGGGACCUACCCCCUUGAGUUCCUGACACAGUAAGGUCUGCGGUGGGGCCCAAGAAUUUGCAUUCCCGACAAGUUCCCAGAUCACGUUGAUGCUGCUAUCUGGGAACCACACUUGGAAAACCACUGAAGGAGAACUAUCCUAAGCUGUAUCAGACAAAAGAUCAGAACUUCUGCAGAUAGAAAAGCACAUCAAUGAAGAACUACUUACAAAAUCUAUGUUGAAUUUAGAGAACUGUAUCCGCAUUUGGAACAAGAUUUAUAAAUAUUACUGUGGUGUGGGGUCUUUCGCACUAUCUCUGUUUUGAUCUCUAAAUGUUGCAGUCACCAUUGUCUCUUUUGCACUCCUUGUGUGGCAACUGGGUGGUAGUGUUCUAAGACCUUCUUCUGGGCUGAGAGGGAGUUUCCAAAAGAAUUGGAGAGGUGGAAAAUCCCCAUGUCCCAAACCAGUUGUAUUAGGUUUCACUGCCCUAGUUAUGACAUGGGAAAUAACUAUUCUAAUUACUAAAAAACUAUGCACCAAAAGAAAAAUGUGAUUCUGGCAGAGAAACUAAGGCAGAUGAGAAAAUGCAAGAAUGUCAAAGUAAAGCCAGUUAGGCUUUGUGGUAACACACAGGCAGGUGCGUGAUUUCCCUGUGCUCUUUGAAAACCUUUAAGAAGUCAGAAACAAUCAUGCUUUCCAUUAAUUAACAACACAGCAUUUUGAAAUGCUUGUUUUAAAGCCAGGAGAUUUCCAGUUCAUCUGCAGAUUAUAGUAGUAUGCUUCUCAGCAAAAUCCAUCUAAUAGUAAACAUUAGAGUCUUUCAAGUUAUUAAAUACCCAUAGGUCGUUCAGUAAAUUUUAAAGUAUUUGUUAAUCAAUGAGCAAGAAUGCAAACAUACCUUUUUUUCUCUUUUCAGUGAACUUUCAGUUUAGUUAAAAGGGAGAAAAGGUGCACGCUACAGUUAGAACAAUUGACUGGUAAACUAAAUGGUACUGAGUUCAAUUUAGUGUGAGUACAGAAAAAGUUGAGGUUAGUAUGGGCUGGUAUAGUUGAAGGGACAAGAGUGGCACUUGAGAUGGGUGUUAGGAUGAAGGAGGCCAAGGAAGGGACUCCAGCAAAAUAAAACAGCUUCAUUAAAAGCCACGGAACUUGGGUUAAACGCAGUGCUAGCCUGUAGGUAAAGGGAGAUGUUGGGGAUUUUUGAAUGACCAGGUUCAUCCACACAUACAUCUAAUCCUCUAUAGUUGUUCAUUCAAAGAACAUGUAUCAAGAGCCAACUGUAAGCCAGACACUAUGCUAUGGAGUGCCUCGGCAACUAGAAUUUGGUUAAUGUUUUGACAAAGGCAAAAGAACUUGGACUUAAUGUUAUGGACUUAAGCAGAGAAUGACAUGAUGAAAACCCUUUUUUAGGAAGAUGACCCAGGCAACAGGAUGGAUUACACUUUCAAGGAGCUUUGGGAUAGCUACAGGAAGAUCUGCUAAAAAGACCCUACAGUUAUUCAUGUGUGAGGUAAUAAAGGUCUGGCAUAGAAAUGGAAAGAAAGUGGUAAAUAUGAGAAUCACCUUGAAGAAAUGAACAGCAGGACUUGAUGGUGUAUAUGCAGAGAGGACAAAAGAAAAGAAAGGGUUUGAGAUGGAGAUAACGGUUUGGAGUCUGGAAGACUGGUAGAAAGUAGCAUAAAUAAACAAAUGUAGGAGUUGGAGCAUCUGUUUGCAAAAAAAUAACACUUAUUUGGGACAUGCUGAGGUGACUGAGACAACUAAGUGGAAUACUAAGUGGAGCAGUUGCACAGUCAAAGCACAGGUGGGAGGGGGAAGUUUCAAGAAUGAUAGGGAUGGUUAACAUUGUCAAAAUCUAGAGAGAAAUUAACAGGACAGAUAAGGUGAGGCAUAACAUUUCCUAAUAUGACUGGGUGCAAUGGGUAGACUUGUAAACCAAGUGGAUUUGAAAACAUCAGAGUAGACCUUUACUUCCCAGAAUCCUUCCCUGUCAAGCCAAAAGCUAACUUCUUUUCUAUCCUUUUUCUGAACAUCUCUAGCAUGUGUAUCUUGCUUCACAUUUUCACUGCACUUUCCAUUUUCAGGUUCUUGAAACCUGAUACCUGAAUUGUAUCACACAGCCUUAGAAGCUUACCACUGUAAUUAUCGUGCACGUUAUUUGCAGAACAUUCACAGUAAAGAUCCAUCAUUGUGCACUACCUGUAGGUUGACAUUUCG